UCUCAGGCAGGCGUCGCUGUGCACAAUCUCCAGCCCUCCGCUGGCUGCAGCUAAUGAGUCUUUGUGUGGCUCGAGCGAAUGAGAGCGAGUCUUCGGUCUGUUUUAGACCGGAGCGUAUGCUAACAGCAGUGGAGACCGGGUUUACCGCUCUCGCCCCGGUCUCCUCUCGAGUCCCAGUGCAAUGGAGGGCCUUCAUUCAGACCGUCUCAUCUGGCUCUGAACGGCGUGAGGGAGGAGUGUAAAGCGGCGGCGGACGCAGCCUGACGGCAGCCAUGAGUGGAAUUCUGAAGAGGAAGUUUGAGGAGGUGGAGGGGGCGUCACCCUGCUCCUCACUGAGGGAGUCUGAGGAGGAGGAGAUAUCCAGCACUGAGAGCGGAGACAGCAGCGACAGCGUCAACCCGUCAGCCUCGCACUUCAGCCAUCCUUCAACAGCAUCAUCCUCAUCCUCAACACACGCACUGCAGCGGACAGCGUCCUCGAUACUGAAGCGGGAGAAGCGGAUGAGGACGAGGAGGGUGCACUUUGAGAAGGUGACGGUGUAUUAG